AUGACCGAUUCCAAGCAUAUAUCCAAUGCGGACACUGUUUCCAAUUGGAUCGCCGAACUCCCUUUUCCACCGGAAUCAUUGGAAUCACCCAGUCCGUCAGAUGGGUAUCGUCAUAAACCGUUCAUCAACAGACCGUGUGCGUUGCUGAUAAUCUCCGUGAUUUGUCUCAUCCUAGUGGCAGGCAGUGUCACACUGGAUGCAUUCAUUAUCCAACGCUAUGUGAACACACUCUAUACGGCUCCGGGUGUGUGCGCGGGCAUUGUGAGCAUGGUCACAAUUAUUCUUGGCCUAGUCCUACUGCGCUAUCAGACGAACACCAUAGCGAUCAUUGUUCUGAUCGCAGACGCGGUCGCAAUUUGUGCGAAUGUGUUUGCCGCAAUGCUUGAAUUGUAUGCCUACUAUUUCGGUGCGCAAGUAAUCGGAUCGUGGAGACAAGUGAUCACCAACGAUCUAUUUCACAUCGGGGUAGUUGUGCUAUGCCUUGCACAACUGGUCUUGUUUGUCGCUCACUUCGCGCUCACUGCACAAGCCACGCUCACCCAUUUGAAGGCGGAGCAGAGAAAAAAGUUAGGCCAGUGA